GGUCACUGGCACAAGCGUCGUAAAACCGGAGGGAAAAGAAAGCCCUACCAUAAGAAAAGAAAGUAUGAACUGGGUCGCCCUCCUGCCAACACAAAGAUCGGCCCCCGUCGUAUUCACACAGUGCGCGUGAGGGGAGGCAAUAAGAAAUACCGCGCGCUGAGACUGGACAGCGGGAACUUCGCCUGGGGCUCUGAGGGUUGCACUCGCAAAACCAGGAUCAUUGACGUUGUGUACAAUGCCUCCAACAAUGAGCUUGUGAGAACCAAGACCCUGGUGAAGAACGGCAUUGUUCUGGUGGACAGCACACCGUUCAGGCAGUGGUAUGAAGCCCACUACGCCAUUCCACUGGGCCGCAAGAAAGGGGCAAAGCUGACUCCAGAAGAGGAGGAGAUCUUGAACAAGAAACGGUCGAAGAAGGUUCAGAAGAAGAUUGAUGGACGCAGGAAGAAGAGCAAGAUUAGCAGUUUGCUGGAGGAGCAGUUCCUGCAGGGCAAGCUUCUUGCUUGUAUUGCGUCCAGGCCUGGCCAGUGUGGCAGAGCAGACGGAUACAUCUUGGAAGGGAAAGAGCUGGAGUUCUACCUCCGGAAGAUCAGAGCCAAGAAAGGCAAAUAGACUUAAGCAAUAUAACCAGAGCUCUACAGUGUGCGCAUUUAUGGGUAAAAAUGGCUGUAUGAAUGUAAAAAGUAAAAUUGAAUGAUUUCUAACAGCGAGCUACUUUCUAAUUGGCUAACAAAAUUUGCAGCUUUUUUUUGUUGCUUCUUUUCCCCUGUAAUAUAGCAAUUUGCACAAUUUAAAAUAUAUUGCACUUCCACUCACCUAAGUAUGAUCACUUCUGUAUCCCACACUAACUGCACUUUCAUGUUACAAUUUACUAUUGCUAUUAUCAGUGGCACCUGCAGGUGUACGGCUGUAAGCACCGUGUGUACCAUGAGCACUCAGAGACUAACCUGAGAUUUUUCCCGCAAACAUUUCAGCAGUUAUUAUAGGCCUGUGUGUCCAGUAUUUCUGUCGACUCAACCAGCCAUGCCAUUAAUUAUGAAUUUAUUAGUCUUUUGCAUGACAAAGUAAAUUUCUGCAUAUAAAUAUUA